AUGUCGCUCGACCAGCACACAAAACUCUACCUGGGUCUGGCAUUCGUUGCCGGCAUCCUCCUGACCCUAGGCUACAAAGACUUCUACCCUGACCUCGAACGCCGCUAUCACGAUCGUCUACGGAAGAAUCAAACACGCCGCCGAUCCAGCACUCAAGUCUCAUUACAAGUCAACGAACCUCAGGAUGAUUCGCCCGCCGCUCCCCAACCAGCAGCUGCCAUCAGAGAAGGCAUUGAAGGUGCAAUCGGCAAUACUCCCUUGAUCCGCAUCAAGUCUCUGUCCGAUGCUACAGGCUGUGAUAUACUUGCCAAAGCAGAAUUCCUCAAUGCUGCUGGAAACUCGCCCAAGGAUCGUGUUGCUCUGUCAAUGAUCCAGAUGGCCGAGGCCGAGGGUUUCUUGACUCCCAAUUCAGGCGACAAGGUUUAUGAGGGAACUGUUGGCAGCACUGGCAUUUCGCUUGCUGCCAUCUGCCGCGCAAGAGGUUAUACCGCACACAUCUGCAUGCCAGACGACGUGGCCAUCGAGAAGUCUGACUUGCUGCUCCGACUUGGUGCUGUUGUCGAGCGAGUUCGUCCUGCCUCGAUUGUCGACAAGGGUCAAUUCGUCAACAUGGCUCGCGCGCGUGCCCAACAGCAUACUUCAGAUCCCAACCAGAAAGGUCGUGGUUUCUUCGCCGAUCAAUUCGAGAAUCCGGCAAACUAUCUGGCACAUGUGCACGGAACAGGUCGCGAGAUUUAUGAGCAGACUGGCGGUCGGCUAGAUGCCUUCGUCGCAGGUGCAGGCACAGGAGGAACCAUUUCUGGUUGUGCUCUCUACCUCAAACCUCGCCUGCCGAACAUGAAGGUUGUCCUCGCAGAUCCUCAAGGAAGUGGUCUGUACAACAAAGUCAAGCAUGGUGUCAUGUUCUCACCUACGGAGAAAGAAGGAACCCGUCGUCGCCAUCAAGUCGACAGCAUAGUCGAAGGCAUUGGUGUGAAUCGCGUCACCCACAAUUUCGAGGCUGGCAGAGAGCUCGUCGACGAUGCCGUCAAAGUCACUGAUGAACAAGCUCUGAUGAUGGCCCGUUGGCUGGUCGAACGCGAUGGUUUGUUUGUGGGUAGUUCCUCGGCUGUCAACUGCGUUGCUGCUGUCAAGACUGCAAUGGAGCUCGGUGCUGGGCACCGCGUUGUCACUAUUCUCUGCGACUCUGGCACAAGACAUUUGUCCAAGUUCUGGGCCAAGGCUGGUACCAUUGGUGGGAACGACGAAAUGACGAUGGACGCCAUUCUGAAUCCCAUAUCAUCAGCUUCAUGA